CAAGUUUUGCAAAGUCAUGGCUAUACAGAGGGGAACCAUAUGUAAUUAGAAUAUGUUGUGUUUUUUUAACAUGUAAUAAGAGGAUUUUUAAGUCCCUAUUUUGGAAGCAUGUGCAAAGGCAAAUUAUCCACAGGGCAUAAUUUCAGGACUAAUCAGGCCCUCGUGUGCCAGAGUACCAUCCUGCUGGAUUAUGUUUUAAAACUGUCAGUGGUACAAUCCUAGAGCAACCUUUUAAAGCCAUUAAAUCCGCUGGUUUGGUCAAUCAGAGACACUCUCUCAGAAGAAUCAAAGACACACAAACAAGAUGAGAAUCCUUGAAACUGGACCCGACCCUUCAGACAUAUAUCGUCCGGAGCAGCAAAUUACCGGCAAUGCAGAGAAGAAAAGUGGUUUCAGGAAUUUUGAGAGUGGGGAUCUCAUUGAACGAGUUUACAACACUUACAAACUGAUGCACACCAAUCAGACUCUGGAGUUCGUGAAACAAAAGCAUGCAGAGUGGUCAAACUGCAGCCAUGCCCACAUGACUGUGAUGGAAAGCCUGGACUGUCUUGAUCAGCUGGUGGAUCAUUCAGACCCUGACGUGGAUUUUCCAAACUCUUUCCAUGCUUACCAAACAGCAGAGGGGAUCCGCAAAGCACACCCAGACAAAGGCUGGUUCCAGCUAGUUGGUCUCAUUCAUGACAUUGGGAAGAUUAUGGCUCUCUGGGGGCAACCACAGUGGUCAGUGGUUGGUGAUACUUACCCUGUUGGCUGCAAGUUCCAGAACUCCAUUGUCUUCAGGGACACAAGCUUCAUUGACAAUACAGAUGACAAAGACCCACGUUAUAAUACUCAGAAUGGUGUAUACAAACCAAACUGUGGCCUGGAGAAUGUACUGAUGUCCUGGGGACACGAUGAAUACAUGUACAGAGUGAUGACGUUUAACAAAUGUUCCAUCCCUGAAGAGGGCUUGUAUAUGAUCAGAUACCAUUCCUUCUAUCCUUGGCACACUCACAAAGAGUACAUGCACCUCUGCAAUGAAAAGGACCUGAAGAUGUUACAAUGGGUACAAGAAUUCAACCAAUUCGAUCUUUAUACCAAGAGUACGGACCUGCCGGAUGUGGAGAAGAUCAAGCCAUACUAUCAGUCUCUCAUUGACAAGUACUGUCCUGGGAAACUGUACUGGUGAGAAGAUGCCUGGAUUCAAAGCAAGCUGAUGAAGGCACUAGCGUGGGCAAACUGGAUUCAAGAUAUUUCAAGGAAAGGCUGAGCCAAGAUGCGUUGAACCCUCAAAAAUCCCAAUCAUUUGUUCAAUUACAGCAACCUUUCACUGGGGGAUCUUCGGUUCUGAACAAAUAUAUAAACUUCCAGUUUUAAGAACAAUCUAUUUCCAAUAUACCAGCUGAAGUUUAUAGUCUCACAUUCCACAGUGAACAGUUGAUUUUAAUAAAGAAAUAACUUGGCACUGUGACAACUGGCUUCAGUUCAUAUUUGAUUUGUACACAAGCAAAGCUGAAUUGCUUAAAUGGUCAUUUUGGAAUAUUACACGAAUGAGAAAUCCUGCUUGCAACCAGCUUAUCAGAGUGUUUACAAACUGUUGUGAUUAUACAGUAUAUGAAAGUGCUGAUUUGGAAGUGCAGACAUGUGCAUUUUUGUAUUGUUUUAAUUACCUUAAUAUAAAACCAUUUUUUGAUUCAAUAAUGGCAACACAUGUGCAUACAGGAAGUGAGCUGUCAUAGCUCAAAACAAAAGUUGAGUCAGCCUUGCUUCAGAGCAUUCCUAAACCUGUCUCCCCCUAUAGAAUAUGUGCAAUCAAUUAUAUAACUCUAUCUAAAGCAAUUUUUAGGUAGUUAAAGUCAGCAACAUAACAAAGGUGAUUCAAUUCCCCGCACAACAAAUGAUCUAUUGUGCCCAAUUUCAUGAGAUGAUAAUGGGUCAAAGCUCUAAUAACUAGCCAAUACGAUAAUUCUUUGUAGUAGUUUUUUGAGAACAUGGAGGACAGAGGAAACAUUCCAGCAACAGAAAUGUGCAAGUCAGUCUUUCUCACAAUGACCAAUUACAUCAAAAUUUGUGUCUAGAAAGAUUAUGACCCAGAACAUUACCGAUUUUCCUAAAGUGCCAGAUCUGGGUUGAAGAAACCAGCCAAUCAUUAUAGAAAUCUAUUUCAGAAAAUAAUAAUAAUCAUUCUUCCCAACAGUAAAAUUAAAAAUAGAAGACAAAAGCUGUAUGUUUUACAGUAGAAGUUUUAUUAGAAAUACACAGCUUUAAAAUGCUGUUUUCAGUUUCUUGGUUCUGGUGUUUACACAUGUGUACAAUGUGGAGGGCACACACAUAUGCAAAUGUUCUCAUAAACUGGUAUGCACAGGGCUUUGUCUGCAGCUCAUAUUGAAUUUCUUUGAUGCUGGUAAUAAGACACAUUCUGAACCCUGCAAUGCAUGACUGGAUUCAGACUCUGUUUAGGUCUAAACCAAGGAUUAGUGCUAAACAAACUAUUUAAAAUGCUUCCAAUAUUUGGGGGCAAAAUGUCCAAAUUAUUUUGAUGUAGUCAGCAGCAGCCUGACCACUGAUUGUAAUCAAACUGUGUUCCCGUAGAAGCUUAUCAUAAAGUGAAGGAAACUUAAUAUAUUCAACAUGUUUGAAAACAAAAAGGAAACAAAGCCAACAGAAUACAACUUUGUGGACCGACUUCUGAAACCAUUAGAAUACAUGCUUUCAUUUAGAGGCUAAAGAUAUCGCUACUGUCUAACCGAACAAUCCCAAGCUAUCAUUCAGCAAGGAACGGCUCAAGUCUUGUUAUGAUUGUAAACUUGACUAAUUGUUACUUUUUUAAAUUAUUAUUUAUAUACAGCCUUACAGCUCCAUAUACACCCAAUGUGACCUCCCAAAUAAAAUGCACAGUUGGUAGUGGUUACACAUUUUUCCCCCCCCUUUAUAACAGUGUUAUCUGAAUUAUUAGCCCGAGGCUUUAAAAGAGAAUGCAAAAUAUUACAGCAUCCAAGAGCCCCUUCACAAAGCAUUAAAAGGGCAUACAAGUACUGCACAAAUUCCAUUUGAAUAAGCCCCACUACCCCCCUUUACUUUGUAAUGAUGCUGGCAAUCAUGUGGUGAUAAUAUUGAGAAUGUUCUAUAUUGUAUAACUACUGUCCUCUAAUUCAUAUAUAUUUAAUGGCAUUUGUAGCUACUGUAUAUAUACUUGAAUAAAAGAUAAAACUAUGUAAUCAUUUAGGUACAAUUGUAUACAAUAAAAGUCUUACUGUUAAAGUAACAUUGACACUGCCAGCUAAAAUCACCCAAACCUGGUUCACAAGUUAUAUACCAUAUUGCAAUACCUAGAGGUGAUUGGGAACUUAUAUUCUUAGAUUUUGAUGAACAUUUAUUUACAGAUAGAAAUAAGGCAUUAACUCAAGGCUGCACAAAAA